GACUGUACGGAAGUACUUAUUUGCUCAAAAACUUUCGUUUUCAGUUUUACUGCUGAGUAACUGGGGGUUUCCUUUUUCGUGGCGUUGAAUUACAAAGACGGUUUACAGGCGUCAUGUCCGAUAUGGAUAUUUGCGUCGAGGCGAAGCAGCAGGUGGAGGACUUCUCCAAGAAGCUCACCAAGGAGGCAGAAGGACUGGUCUCAAAAUUUUUCCCCCAGAAGAUUGAAGAGCUGCAGGUGCUACUGAAGACUCAUUUCAGUUGCAAUGACCUGGCAUCCCUGAAGGCACCGCUGGACAUCCCAAUACCGGAUCCUGUCAAGGAGGAGGCCAAACGCAAGAAGAAGGAGGAGAAGGAGGAGAAGGAGGGCAAGAAAGACGAGAAGAAGAAGGAGGAGGAGGAAGAUUCAGGCCCUCCUUGUGGUCCGAUCUGCUGCAACGAGCGAGUGGAGACGCUCCUGCGGGAAGUCAAGCCUCAGAUUCAGACACUAAAGGAGAAGCUCAACACGGUUUCUAUGUGGCUACAACUCCAAAUACCCACAAUUGAAGAUGGUAACAACUUCGGAGUAGCAGUGCAAGAAAAAGUGUUUGAGAUAUUGACAAGUGCACGCACUAAAAUCGAGGGAUUCCAGACUCAGAUUUCAAAAUACUACAGCGAGAGAGGUGACGCAGUAGCCAAAGCAUCAAAGACCGCCCACGUGGGAGACUUCAGGGAGCUGGUUCACCAGCUGGACGAGACUCAGUACUUUGAGCUGCGCCUCAUGGUGCUGGACAUCUGUGCCACAUAUGCAGCGCUCUAUGACAUCAUCAUCAAGAACUACGCCAAGAUUAAGAGGCCCCGAGGAGACUGCAAGGCUCUUAUCUACUAAGACAACCCGCCAUGGCAGGUCAAUGAAGUACAAAACGAGGCCACACUGCCAUUGAGCGCCUCUGCUUUUUUUGUUUGUCUUUUGCAACACAUUACAAAAUAAAACAAAGAUUUCUUGCA